CUGCAGAGUUGGCGGAGGCUCCUCUGGGGACUUGGAGACCGAUCUGCGUAGAAGCGGGUGGCGGGGCAGAAAGGGGAGGAGAGCUCAGAGUGGGAAGCGGACCCCGGGGCCUGGGACCCGUCGCGUCAGAGCCAGGCAACUGAACCGGAGCAAACGACUUCCGAUCCAGUCCGCGCUGCUUGCUCCCGUUUGGGAUUUGAUUUGCAGCAUCUUCCAGCCUGUGCAACAAAAACCCGCGAAGCACGCCCAGCCCUCCCCCUGCACCCCGAUACGCACCCACUCCCUCCCGGGGGAUACAGCUGGGCGCGUCCACACCCCCACGCCCCCCACACCAUGUUGUGCGGAAGGACUUCCACUCCCUGCCUGUGUCGUUGAUGUCAGACCCCAGACCAGCCUCCGGGCGCUGCAGUUCUCCCGGCUAAUGCUGAGGCUGCGGCUCCGGCUCUAGCGCAGGAACCAGAGGCUGCCGCGCCCGGCCCCAGCGCCCACCGUCUGCAUGUGCCCGCCGUAGCCGCCUGCCCAUUCCGCAGCCCGCAGCCUGCGCUCCCCGGAGCGCUGGAGACCACCGCGGGGGGCCCCUUCAGCCCUCGAGAGAAGCGGUCUUGGAGGUAUUGAUUUCGGUGGUUGGAUUUCCCCCCGUGGAUCUAUAAAUUCACCAUUUGAAUUUGGAAGAAAGAAGGAAAAAUGACGUCUCCGGCCAAAUUCAAAAAGGAUAAGGAGAUCAUAGCAGAGUAUGACACUCAGGUCAAAGAGAUCCGUGCUCAGCUCACAGAGCAAAUGAAAUGCCUGGACCAGCAGUGUGAGCUUCGGGUGCAGUUGUUGCAGGAUCUCCAGGACUUCUUCCGGAAAAAGGCUGAAAUCGAGAUGGAUUACUCCCGCAACCUGGAAAAGCUGGCAGAGCGCUUCCUAGCCAAGACACGCAGCACCAAGGACCAGCAAUUCAAGAAGGAUCAGAAUGUUCUCUCUCCAGUCAACUGCUGGAAUCUCCUCCUAAACCAGGUGAAGCGAGAGAGCAGGGACCACACCACACUGAGUGACAUCUACCUGAAUAAUAUCAUUCCCCGAUUUGUCCAAGUCAGUGAAGACUCAGGAAGACUCUUUAAGAAGAGUAAAGAAGUUGGCCAGCAGCUCCAAGACGAUCUGAUGAAGGUCCUGAAUGAGCUCUACUCGGUCAUGAAGACGUAUCACAUGUACAACGCUGACAGCAUCAGUGCCCAGAGCAAGCUCAAGGAGGCGGAGAAGCAAGAGGAGAAGCAGAUUGGCAAAUCCGUGAAACAGGAGGAUCGGCAGACACCACGCUCCCCUGACUCCACGUCCAAUGUUCGCAUUGAGGAAAAGCACGUGCGGAGGAGCUCAGUGAAGAAGAUCGAGAAAAUGAAGGAGAAGCGCCAAGCCAAGUACACCGAGAAUAAACUGAAGGCCAUCAAAGCCCGGAAUGAGUACUUACUGGCUUUGGAGGCAACCAAUGCAUCUGUCUUCAAGUACUACAUCCAUGACCUCUCUGACCUUAUUGAUCAGUGUUGUGAUUUAGGCUACCAUGCUAGCCUCAACCGGGCGCUCCGUACCUUUCUUUCUGCUGAGUUGAAUCUGGAACAGUCAAAGCACGAGGGUCUGGACGCCAUCGAGAACGCUGUAGAAAAUCUGGAUGCCACCAGUGACAAGCAACGCCUCAUGGAGAUGUACAACAAUGUCUUCUGCCCACCCAUGAAGUUUGAGUUCCAGCCUCACAUGGGGGACAUGGCGUCCCAGCUCUGUGCCCAGCAACCUGUUCAGAGCGAGCUGGUACAGAGAUGCCAGCAGUUGCAGUCUCGUUUAUCCACCCUGAAGAUUGAGAAUGAAGAGGUAAAGAAAACAAUGGAGGCCACUCUGCAGACUAUUCAGGACAUCGUGACAGUGGAGGAUUUUGAUGUGUCUGACUGCUUCCAGUACAGCAACUCUAUGGAGUCGGUGAAGUCCACAGUCUCAGAAACUUUCAUGAGCAAGCCCAGCAUCGCCAAGAGGAGAGCCAACCAGCAGGAGACUGAGCAGUUCUAUUUCACGAAAAUGAAGGAAUACCUGGAGGGCAGGAACCUCAUCACCAAACUGCAAGCCAAGCAUGAUCUUCUCCAGAAAACCCUGGGGGAAAGUCAGCGGACAGAUUGCAGUCUGGCCAGGCGUAGCUCGACUGUGAGAAAGCAGGAUUCCAGCCAGGCGAUUCCGCUGGUGGUAGAAAGCUGUAUCCGGUUUAUCAGCAGACAUGGUCUACAGCACGAAGGAAUUUUCCGGGUAUCAGGAUCACAGGUGGAAGUAAAUGAUAUCAAAAAUGCCUUUGAAAGAGGAGAAGACCCCCUGGCAGGGGACCAGAAUGACCAUGACAUGGAUUCUAUUGCUGGCGUCCUGAAGCUGUACUUCCGGGGCCUGGAGCACCCCCUCUUUCCUAAGGAUAUCUUCCACGACCUGAUGGCCUGUGUUACAAUGGACAACCUGCAAGAGAGAGCCCUGCACAUCCGCAAAGCCCUCCUGGUCCUGCCCAAGACCACUCUGAUCAUCAUGAGAUACCUCUUUGCUUUCCUCAAUCAUUUAUCACAGUUCAGUGAAGAGAACAUGAUGGACCCCUACAAUCUUGCCAUCUGCUUCGGGCCCUCGCUGAUGUCAGUGCCUGAGGGCCAUGACCAGGUGUCCUGCCAGGCCCAUGUGAAUGAGCUGAUCAAAACCAUCAUCAUCCAACACGAGAACAUCUUCCCGAACCCCAGGGAGCUGGAGGGCCCGGUCUACAGCAGAGGAGGAAGCACGGAGGAUUACUGUGACAGCCCUCACGGAGAGACCAUCUCCACGGAAGACUCCACCCAGGAUGUGACCACCGAGCACCACAUGAGUGAUGACGAGUGUGAGCCCAUCGAGGCCAUUGCCAAGUUUGACUACGUGGGCCGGACGGUGCGAGAGCUGUCCUUCAAGAAGGGAGCGUCCCUGCUGCUCUACCAGCGGGCUUCGGAUGACUGGUGGGAAGGUCGGCACAACGGCAUUGACGGACUCAUCCCCCAUCAGUACAUCGUGGUCCAAGACACCGAGGACGGUGUCGUGGAGAGGUCCAGUCCCAAGUCGGAAAUUGAGGUCAUUUCUGAGCCACCUGAAGAAAAGGUGACAGCCAGAGCGGGGGCCAGCUGUCCCAGUGGGGGUCAUGUAGCUGAUAUUUAUCUUGCAAACAUCAACAACAGCUUGCAUCUUGAGAACUCAAAGCCCACGACCACCAAGCAAAGGAAGCGACCAGAAUCAGGGAGCAUCCGGAAAACAUUUCGGAGCGACAGCCACGGGCUGAGCGGCUCCCUGUCUGACUCUGCCUCCCCGGGGCCUAGCUGCCGCCCAUCUUCCCAGCCCAUCAUGAGCCAGAGUCUCCCUAAGGAAGGGCCUGAUAAGUGUUCCAUCAGUGGGCAUGGCGGCCUCAACUCCAUCAGCCGCCACUCAUCCCUGAAGAAUCGGCUCGACAGCCCCCAGAUCCGGAAGACAGUGACAGCAGGAAGGUCCAAAAGCUUCAAUAACCAUCGGCCCGUGGACCCUGAGGUCAUCGCACAGGAUAUCGAGGCGACGAUGAACUCUGCCCUGAACGAGCUGCGGGAGCUGGAGCGGCAGAGCAGUGUGAAGCACACCCCUGACGUGGUUCUGGACACUUUGGAGCCCCUCAAAACGUCCCCCGUGGUGGCUCCCACCUCAGAGCCUUCCAGCCCCCUGCACGCCCAGCUUCUCAAGGACCCCGAGCCCUUCCAGCGGAGCGCCAGUACUGCUGGGGACAUCGCCUGCGCCUUCCGGCCAGUGAAGUCCGUCAAGAUGGCUGCUCCAGUGAAGCCACCGGCCACGCGACCCAAGCCCGCCGUCUUCCCCAAGACCAGCGCCACUAGCCCUGGAGUCAGCUCGUCAGCCUCCCCACAGUCUACCGACAAGUCUUGUACUGUCUGAGGGAGAGACGAUUGUCUUGUUCCAGGCACGGGGGCUGACUGUUAUUAAAUUCUUCCUAUUUAAUUAGGUUGGGGCUUCCGUUGAAAGUUAGAUUCUCCGUUGUCCUUGCAGGAAUUAGCCUCCCGUCACCCAGAACCUUGAGAAUGAAACCCUUGUUAUCGCCCUGCCUUGCCCUUCCCACUGUCUUCUGCUUCCCCCCCCCCGUCAUCGUAAUCCCACCCGCUUCAGUGCAUACUCUUCUUAGGUUAGCCAGAGGUAGCUUUGCAUUCUCAAGUCACUGUGAAAUCUGCCAGGGCUCGUCAUCAGGACAUGGGCUCAAGUCUUGAUCCCUCAGAAACAAGUGACUGCCUGACCAGAUAGUCAGCUGCUGACAUCCAGCUCUCAGUGGCACCAUUUUUUGGGUACUAUUAUAGAGAACCAUAGAUAGACCAUUCUUUACUACACACACACACACACACACACACACACACACAUACGGAUUUUUCUCGACUCUGGCAUGUGCAGCCUCUCCUGGUCUAGACCAAUCUUUUUCUAAGUUAUUGUGUCAGUUCACACAGGAGCCAGCAGAGGUCUCUUUCUAUUCUAAACCUUGUUCUGUCUCGGCCAGAGAGCCUAACCUUUGAAAUUGCUCCAAUAUAUGAAAUUUAGCAGAAUGAGACUCGGUUCUGCUGCGUGGGGGUUGGGGGCUCACUCUCUCUCUCUCUCUCUCUUCUUUCUAUUGGUAUGAACUGUUCAUUAGUGUUUGCCUUUGUUCUCCUCCAUCCUCUAGAAGUACAACCCAGUCAAGUUUUUCUGAAUGUAUAGACACUUCUCGGGUUCCUAUCUUUGUAACUGAAGGACCAUUUUCCAUUGAAAACAUUUUCCUGUAUAAGAUCACUUUAUAGCUGAUUCUUUUAAGGUAAAGAGUCUUAAGAGAGUGGUAUUGCGUUUAGGGCAGGUUUGGAAAAGGUAAAAUAUGGGUCCUUUUCCCUCUCACUCUGUGUGCAACUAAGACAUAGCACCAAAAUUGUUUGCAAAUGGAAAUACCGGAAGCUCCUUUUUUCUUCUACAAGGACUCCUGGGGGACCAGCAGGGGCUUAGAGAACACUAGUUAGAUCAGAGUUUUCCAAACUUACCUGGCCUACAUCCCCUUACAGGGGAAAAAGAGAAACAAACAAAGAACAACAACAAAAAAAUGCACUCAGUGACCCCCUGGAAACCAACCAUCUUUAAGUGAACAAAUAGAAAGCCCCUCACAGUUGGAACCAGAAGCGACUACCAGCUCCCUGGGUCAUGCAGCACCCCAGGGAAUCGUAUCACCCGCCCUGGGAAAUACUGAGUCAUAGUAAAGAAAGACACUGCCCUUUAACUGGUUUUCCUUUAUUCAGACAAGGACAACUAAGAAAACUCUGGCCCCACAGGCUCUGCAAUCUCCCGGAGGCUAGAAUUUGGAGAAAAUACAGAUCAUAUGCUUAUAUUUUCCCUUUAUUUUCUUCCCCCUUCAAAGAGCAAACUUACUCCCAUGUAAUCUGAUCUCCAAACUUGGUUGUUCGUGCUCCCUGAGUACCACAGUGGGUGGAGACGGUCCUCCCCCAGGUUCCCCGGUAAUUGAGUUAAUGUUGAAACUUCUUCCUCGUCCCAGUUUCCUGGUUUCUUGGCCUUCUUAUUUUCUGUUGUUCAAAAGAGAUGGUGAGUUGCUCUUCCGAUAGGAAAAAUGUGAAUUUCUUUAGCAUAGAUCCUUUUUUGAACCAACAUUUUGAAGUAGGUAGUUGGUUCAAUGGGGAAAAGUAUGGGAUUUUCCUUUCUCUGUGAAGAAAAGGAGGAAUUUUGUGGAAAAUCACCAAUUAUAAGGAUAACCUACAGCCCCAGGAAAAUCAGUCCCAGAGCGAGAAAAGAGAAAUGAAGAACUCCUUCAGGUCAUGAGUCGCCAUCCUCUGCCUUCCUGGCUCCUGUUUCUCUGUUAACAGCCCGUCCUCUCGUUCACCGGGACUUUACACCCGUCCUCCUCGAAAGGGACUGACACAUCUAGCGGUGUGUCCUUGCUGCAAAUGAAAGCUCAGUUUACUUACAUUCCUUUUGAUCCGGCAGAUCAGAAGUGGUGCCCACCCUGCCCUUUCCCUCUCUCUCCAGCUUCUACCUGAGAGAGGAAAAGCCAAGCUCCCCAGUGACAGAGUGUGGGGCCCGCUCCGUGGUUCCUGCCUACUUUCUCUUUCAGCCCUGUACGCGACUUGUGUUGCUUCCCCCACUCCUUGGUCAGUGUCUGCCCGUUGAUUCACAUCAGGAAUUGGUUGGUGUGAGUGGUAACUCACUUGCUCCCACCUCUGGAAGCCAAGAAGUCUUCCCUCUCUGGUGCUCCUAUGCGAGCCGGUCCUGCUGAGGAGACCAGCAUCCUAGGAAGAGCGUCCUUCUCGGCAGAGCUCUUUGCCGUCAGCCGGAACUGAGGUUGCAUGCCGAUGUUUACACCAAAACACACACAAAAAGGAGCUGGCUGUCCUGGCCUAGGAGAUCGGUCUUCAGAUACGACUGUCAAAAUCUGCAUGAUGCUUCAGAGACCCACUCUUGCCUCUUGAGUGGAUGGAUCCUUUUACUGGUGUAGACUCUGAUGUCUUUAGGGAACUGAGGUGGGUGGGCUACCAACGGGGGAAAGGAUCGGAGUUUGCAACCAGAAGCCUAUAAACUGGAAACACUGGUCUGGCCUUCGCCAGCCCCCUCAGGGUUCCCUGGUUUCUCCCCAAGGAGCUGAAGCGAGAACUCCAGAAACAGGAGGAACAGACUGUUUGGAAGGGCUGGUGUCUGUGUACUUCACCUGCAAAAGAGAAGCUAGAUCUUCCAGGGAAUGCAAAGUUGUGGCGUCUGACUAUGUCACGUUUGUGUAAAAUGGUAUAUUCUUUAAAAUAGUGUUGAUAACUGGAAUAUUCUAUGUAUGCUUGGAGAUGCUUUGUGUGGACCUAUGACUGUCACUCAACAGAUGUUGGAUUGGGGAAAAUCCAAAGCACAACUUCAAAAUAAAAUGCGUUUUUAGGUUUCA